GAAGUCGGAAACGACUGGGCUAGGAUGUCGGAGAUGCAGCUGGCGAAACAGGCGGUCAAGUUAAACCGGCAGCUCCACCGGGCGUACGACAUCAGCCAGAAAGCGGCAAUCAAGGCGCAACUGGACGCCAUUACGGCCGAGUGUGUCCGACGUCGCUCUCAGUCGUCUUGA